UAAGUUACCGGGUUACGCUGUGAUGUCGGCGAGCUCCAAGAGGAGACGAGCCUCCUCUCCCUGCAGCAGCAGCGCUGCCAGCGGAGGCGCGGAUUUGGACGAUGCCUCGACUCCUGGGAGAAAAAGAAAGAGAACUUCAAAUAUUCCUCCCCCUGUGGAUACAAUUGCUGUAUGUCACGAACUGUUCCACGCUGUCAGGGACUAUAAGGAUGACCAGGGGGGGAGGCAGCUUUGUGAGGUUUUCCUUCGGGUACCAAAGAGGAGGAAUCAGCCUGAUUAUUAUGAAGCAGUUUCCCAGCCCAUCGACAUGACAAAAAUCCAGAACAAGCUCAAGUCUGAGGAGUAUAACGAUGUGGAGCAGCUGACUGCCGAUUUCCAACUGAUGUUCAACAAUGCCAGAUCCUUCUACAAACCUGACAGUGAGGAGUACCAAGCAGCAUGUAAGCUGUGGGACGUGUAUCUGCAAUCAAAGAAUGAGUUUGUGCAGCCUGGAGAUGGAGAGGAUGAAGAUGAGGAUGAUAUAGAGGAGAAUCCAUGGCUAUCUGCUGAAGAAGAGACCCCAGGCAGCAGUCUGAAGGAGGUUCUUGAGCAGCUUUUGGAGGCGAUCGUGUUCCACACCGAUUCCUCGGGGCGAUGUGUCAGCGAGUUUUUCCAGAAACUGCCUUCGAAAGUGCAAUACCCAGACUACUACGCUAUUAUAAAGGAGCCAAUAGAUCUGAGAAUGAUUGCUCAGAGAAUACAGAUUGGACAUUAUAAAUCUAUCAGUGCUAUGACGAAGGACAUUGACCUCAUGACCAAAAAUGCCAAGACUUACAACGAACCAGGAUCUCAGAUUUUCAAGGAUGCUAACACCAUAAAGAAAGUAUUUAUCCAAUUAAAGACUGAACUUGAACACGCUGAACCUACAUCGAGCGUCCUCAUCAGGUCUGGACAGGGGGGCCGACUCUCCAGCAGUACUGUUGCUCUUCAAUAUGGCUCAGAAAGUGAGGAAGAUCCUGUGCUUUCAGCAGGACACUUCAAUCUGGACAAUGACCCUGAAGUCAACAGACUCAGCUCAGUAUGGCAACAGCAAAGCUGGCAAUCGGACAGAACUCAUGGGCAGUACAUGGACGAAACGGGUCUCUGCUGGGUUUGGCAGUCCUGUCACCAAAACACCAGAGGUGGUGACAUGGAAGUCAAGGACGAGAAGAUAGAUGACCUUGGACUUAAAAUGGUUGACGUGGCGUGUGCAGGUGGUGACAUGGAAGUCAAGGAAGAGAAGAUAGAUGACCUUGGACUUAAACUGGUUGACGUGGCGUGUGCAGAUGGUGACAUGAAAGUCAAGGAAGAGAAGAUAGAUGACCUUGGACUUAAACUGGUUGACGUGGCGUGUGUAGACGGUGACAUGAAAGUCAAGGAAGAGAAGAUAGAUGACCUUGGACUUAAACUGGUUGACGUGGCGUAUGCAGAUGGUAACAUAGAAGUCAUGGACGAGAAGAUAGAUGACCUUGGACUUAAACUGGUUGACGUGCCAAAUGCAGAUGGUAACAUAGAAGUCAUGGACGAGAAGAUAGAUGACCUUGGACUUAAACUGGUUGACGUGGAGUAUGCAGGUGGUGACAUGAAAAUCAAGGACGAGGAUGAUGAUGCUCCUGUGACACCUUCGAUGCCUCAAAUGCAAAGCUCUCUGUCAAGUGACAUGGAUAUCAUGCCAUACACACCUUCCCAAGCCACUCCAAAGGUGAUGGGUUUAUCAAAGAGAGGAGCAAAGAGGAAAAUGAAUAUGAGUGGCUACAUUCUUUUCAGCAGCAAAAUACGGCCUUUCGUCAAAGCUCGGCACCCAGACCUUUCGUUCGGAGAGCUGAGUCGAUUAGUAGGCACAGAGUGGAGGAACCUCGAAGCUUCCAAAAAAGCAGUGUUUGAAGAGUGUGCCGCAAAACUUGCGGAACAGCAAGAACCCGAGAAGCCACCCCAGGAGCAAGUUUCCACUCGAGCAGGGAAGAUCUACAAAUCUACAAAGAACUCCGAAUACCUCACCCCUCUUCAGCAGAAGUUGAAUGAGCUCUACGAUUCAGUGCAAAACUUUACUGACCGCAGAGGUCGUUGUCUAAGCAAGAUCUUCCACCAUCUUCCAAUUCAUUCCGAGUUGCCCGACGAUAACGCUGCAAUCAAGAAACCCAUUAACAUUGAGCGCAUCAGAAGCCAUAUGGCCACAGGCCGUUACCAAGACGUGGAUGCUCUGGUAGAGGACUUUGCUCUCAUGUUCAACAAUGCUUGCAUGUACAACGAGCCAGAGUCUCUGAUAUAUCGAGAUGCUUUAGUGCUGCAUCGGGUUUUACUGGAGACACGAAAGCAGCAAGGAGGGGAAGACUCUGGGCCCCCAGCAGUGAGGCUUCUGGUGAGGGAGCUCAUCAGGAACCUCUUUGUUUCUGUAAUUAGCCACCAGGAUGAGGAGCGUCGAUGCUAUAGUGACUCGCUGGCCGAGAUUUUUGCUGUGGAUCCUGCUGCCCCUGAGAAACCACCUCUCAACUUUGAAAUAAUCCAAAUGAACGUGGAGCGUGGUCGCUACAGGAGGCUGGAUGUCUUUCAGGAACACAUGUUUGAAGUGUUGAAGAAGGCAAGGAGGCUACACAGGACAGACUCAAAGAUAUUUGAAGAUGCAGUGGAGCUGCAGUACUUUUUAAUCAAGAUCAGGGAUGAGUUAUGCAAGAAUGGAGAGAUCCUAAUGUCCACUGCACUCCGUUACACUUUGAAACACUUGCAAAGUGAUGUAGAUCGGGAAAAAAGAGAGAAAAUUCCCAGAGAGAUUGAGGAGGAUAAGAAGAAAGCAGAAGAGGAACAGGAGAAAAACAAAGAUAACAAAGAGGGAACAACCCAUUAUGUACAAAGAGAUCCCUGGAAACCAAAUCCUCAUCUCAAUUAUGUAAAGGAAUGCUCCUUUGACAACAUCACCUACAGCGUGGGAGAAUUUGUCUAUGUGGAGCCAUCAGAAGUGUACUUCAAGCCUCACAUUGUCUGCAUUGAUCGUCUGUGGGAAGACAGCGCUGGUGUGAUGUGGCUCUAUGGCUGCUGGUUGAAGCGGCCAAGUGAAACUAUUCACUUGGCUUCACAAACAUUUCUGGAAAAAGAAGUCUUCAAGAGCUGCUACUGCAGCAGAGUGCCCAUCAGUAAAGUUCUCGGCAAAUGUGUGGUUCUUUCUGUGAAGGAUUACUUCAAAAUGCAACCUGAGGGCUUCAAACCUGCAGAUGUGUAUGUCUGUAAGUCCCGCUAUGGUAGUGGAGCCAGGUCCUUCAAGACAAUUAAAGUUUGGACCUUGCCACAGAGUCCAGUAAAGUUGGUGCCCCGGGUGGUGCCUCUGCCUGUCGUUUAUGCCUCCAGAUUUACCAAACCGGACCUGGACAAAGCGUCCUUCUCUCAUGCAAACCCCGGCAGUUUUGAAGACAAGGAGCGAGAGGAUGUUCCCAUGGAGAUAAAUGAAGGCGAGCCAGGCUGCCAGUACUUUGAACAGUUAUGCUACAAUAACAUGUGGUUUAAACUUGGAGACUGCGUUUACAUCCAGUCACAUGGAUUGUCAAAGCCCCGGGUUGCCAGAAUUGAGAAGCUGUGGUUGCAGAAUGGAACCACCUUCUUCUUUGGACCUAUUUUCAUUCAUCCUGAGGAAACGGAGCACGAACCCACAAAGAUGUUUUACAAGAGAGAGGUUUUUCUAAGUCACCUGGAGGAAACCUUGCCCAUGACUUGUGUCCUAGGCAAAUGUAUGGUGUCCUCCUUUAAGGAGUACCUGUCAUGCAGACCUACAGAAUACUCCGAGGAGGACAUCCUGCUGUGUGAGAGCAGCUACAUUGAGACAGAGAAACAAGUGAAAAAGUUAGAGGGUCUGAAGCGCUUCUCAUAUUCUGCCAAAGUGGUGGAGGAUGAGAUUUACAAUUUCAGGAAACUCAAUGUACCACAGAAGGAAGCUUCACCCUUUUUGGACAAGAAGAUAGAUGAGCUGGAACUUAAAUUGGCAGACAUGGACGAGGAUGAUGAUGCUCCUGUGACACCUGCAAUGCCUCAAAUGCAAAGCUCUCUGUCAAGUGACAUGGAUAUCAUGCCAUACACACCUUCCCAAGCCACUCCAGAGGUGAUGGGUUUAUCAAAGAGAGGAGCAAAGAGGAAAAUGAAUAUCAGUGGCUACAUUUUUUUCAGCAGCAAAAUGCGGGCUGUCUUCAAAGCUCGGCACCCAGACCUUUCGUUCGGAGAGCUGAGUCGAUUAGUAGGCACAGAGUGGAGGAACCUCGAAGCUUCCAAAAAAGCAGAGUAUGAAGAGCGUGCCGCAAAACUUGUGGAACAGCAAGAACCCGAGAGCCCAGCCCAGGAGCAAGCUUCCCCUCGAGCAGGUACCCCUGUGGGGGCACUGAUGAGGGUAGAUGAGCUUGAACUUAAACUGGCUGACAUGGAGGAUGGACAUGAUGACAAGGAAGACAUGGACAAGGAUGAUGAUGCUCCUGUGACACCUUCAAUGCCUGAAUUACAAAGCUCUCUGUCAAGUGACAUGGACAUCAUGCCAUACACAGAGGAAGACUUCAGCCCACCGCCAGUGGGUCGUCGGGUCAUGGAGCUCCUCAGGAAACUCUAUGUUUCUGUAAUGAGCCACCAGAGCAAGAAGCACCGAUGCUAUAGUGACUUUCUGGCUGAGAUUCCUGCUGUGGAUCCUGCUGCCCCUGAGAAACCACCUCUCAACUUUGAAAUAAUCCGAAUGAACCUGGAGCGUGGUCGCUACAGGAGGCUGGACGUCUUUCAGGAACACAUGUUUGAAGUGUUGAAGAAGGCAAGGAGGCUACACAGGACAGACUCAAAGAUUUUUGAAGAUGCAGUGGAGCUGCAGUACUUUUUAAUCAAGAUCAGGGAUGAGUUAUGCAAGAAUGGAGAGAUCCUAAUGUCCACUGCACUCCGUUACACUUUGAAACACUUGCAAAGUGAUGUAGAUCGGGAAAAAAGAGAGAAAGUUCCCAGAGAGAUUGAGGAGGAUAGGAAGAAAGCAGAAGAGGAACAGGAGAAAAACAAAGAUAAAAAAGAGAGAACAACCCAUUAUGUACAAAGAGAUCCCUGGAAACCAAAUUCUCUUCUCAAGUAUGUAAAGGAAUGCUCCUUUGACAACAUCACUUACAGCGUGGGAGAAUUUGUCUAUGUGGAGCCAUCAGAAGUGUACUUCAAGCCUCACAUUGUCUGCAUUGAUCGUCUGUGGGAAGACAGCGCUGGUGUGAUGUGGCUCUAUGGCUGCUGGUUCAAGCGGCCAAGUGAAACUAUUCACAUAGUUUCACAAACCUUUCUGGAAAAAGAAGUCUUCAAGAGCUGCUACCGCAGCAGAGUGCCCAUCAGUAAAGUUCUCGGCAAAUGUGUGGUUGUUUUUGUGAAGGAUUACUUCGAAAUGCAACCUGAGGGCUUCAAACCUGCAGAUGUGUAUGUGUGUGAGUCCCGCUAUGUUGGUAAAGUCAAGCCCUUCAAGAAAAUCCAAAAAUGGUUCUUGCCAAAGAGUCCAGUAAAGUUGGUGCCCCGGGUGGUGCCUCUGCCCGUCGUUCGUGUGCCCUCCAUGUUUGCCAAACCGGACCUGGACAAAGCGUCCUUCUCUCAUGCAAACCCCGGCAGUUUUGAAGACAAGGAGCGAGAGGAUGUUCCCAUGGAGAUAAAUGGAGCCGAGCCAGGCUGCCAGUACUUUGAACAGUUAUGCUACAAUAACAUGUGGUUUAAACUUGGAGACUGCGUUUACAUCCAGUCACAUGGAUUGUCAAAGCCCCGGGUUGCCAGAAUUGAGAAGCUGUGGUUGCAGAAUGGAACCACCUUCUUCUUUGGACCUAUUUUCAUUCAUCCUGAGGAAACGGAGCACGAACCCACAAAGAUGUUUUACAAGAGAGAGGUUUUUCUAAGUCACCUGGAGGAAACCUUGCCCAUGACUUGUGUCCUAGGCAAAUGUAUGGUGUCCUCCUUUAAGGAGUACCUGUCAUGCAGACCUACAGAAUACUCCGAGGAGGACAUCCUGCUGUGUGAGAGCAGCUACAUUGAGACAGAGAAACAAGUGAAAAAGUUAGAGGGUCUGAAGCGCUUCUCAUAUUCUGCCAAAGUGGUGGAAGAUGAGAUUUACUAUUUCAGGAAACUCUAUGUACCACAGAAGGAAGCUUCACCCUUUUUGGACAAGAAGAUAGAUGAGGUUAAACUGGCAGACAUGGAUGACGGACAUGAUGACAUGGAAGACAUGGACAAGGAUGAUGAUGCUCCUGUGACACCUUCAAUGCCUCAAAUGCAAAGCUCUCUGUCAAGUGACAUGGACAUGAUGCCAUACACAGAGGAAGACUUCAGGCCACCGCCAGUGGGUCGUCGGGUCAUGGAGCUCCUCAGGGACCUCUAUGUUUCUGUAAUGAGCCACCAGAAAAAGAAGCACCGAUGCAAUAGUGACUUUCUGGCUGAGAUUCCUGCUGUGGAUCCUGCUGCCCCUGAGAAACCACCUCUCAACUUUGAAAUAAUCCGAAUGAACCUGGAGCGUGGUCGCUACAGGAGGCUGGACGUCUUUCAGGAGCACAUGUUUGAAGUGUUGAAGAAGGCAAGGAGGCUACACAGGACAGACUCAAAGAUUUUUGAAGAUGCAGUGGAGCUGCAGUACUUUUUAAUCAAGAUCAGGGAUGAGUUAUGCAAGAAUGGAGAGAUCCUAAUGUCCACUGCACUCCGUUACACUUUGAAACACUUGCAAAGUGAUGUAGAUCGGGAAAAAAGAGAGAAAGUUCCCAGAGAGAUUGAGGAGGAUAAGAAGAAAGCAGAAGAGGAACAGGAGAAAAACAAAGAUAAAAAAGAGGGAACAACCCGUUAUGUACAAAGAGAUCCCUGGGUACCAAACCCUCUUCUCAAGUAUGUAAAAGAAUGCUCCUUUGACAACAUCACCUACAGCGUGGGAGAAUUUGUCUAUGUGGAGCCAUCAGAAGUGUACUUCAAGCCUCACAUUGUCUGCAUUGAUCGUCUGUGGGAAGACAGCGCUGGUGUGAUGUGGCUCUAUGGCUGCUGGUUCAAGCGGCCAAGUGAAACUUAUCUUUUGGAUUCACAAACGUUUCUGGAAAAAGAAGUCUUCAGGAGCUAUUACUGGAACAGAGUGCCCAUCAGUAAAGUUCUCGGCAAAUGUGUGGUUCUCUUUGUGAAGGAUUACUUUGAAAUGCAACCUGAGGGCUUCAAACCUGCAGAUGUGUAUGUGUGUGAGUCCCGCUAUGGUAGUGGAGCCAGGUCCUUCAAGAUCAAAAUUUGGACCUUGCCACAGAGUCCAGUAAAGUUGGUGCCCCGGGUGGUGCCUCUGCCCGUCGUUCGUGUGGCCUCCAUGUUUGCCAAACCGGACCUGGACAAAGCGUCCUUCUCUCAUGCAAACCCCGGCAGUUUUGAAGACAAGGAGCGAGAGGAUGUUCCCAUGGAGAUAAAUGAAGCCGAGCCAGGCUGCCAGUACUUUGAACAGUUAUGCUACAAUAACAUGUGGUUUAAACUUGGAGACUGCGUUUACAUCCAGUCACAUGGAUUGUCAAAGCCCCGGGUUGCCAGAAUUGAGAAGCUGUGGUUGCAGAAUGGAACCACCUUCUUCUUUGGACCUAUUUUCAUUCAUCCUGAGGAAACGGAGCACGAACCCACAAAGAUGUUUUACAAGAGAGAGGUUUUUCUAAGUCACCUGGAGGAAACCUUGCCCAUGACUUGUGUCCUAGGCAAAUGUGUGGUGUCCUCCUUUAAGGAGUACCUGUCAUGCAGACCUACAGAAUACUCAGAGGAGGACAUCCUGCUGUGUGAGAGCAGCUACAUUGAGACAGAGAAACAAGUGAAAAAAUUAGAGCGUCUGAAGCGCUUCUCAUAUUCUGCCAAAGUGGUGGAGGAUGAGAUUUACUAUUUCAGGAAACUCAAUGUACCACAGGAGGAAGUUUCGCUGUUUUUUUUUUCUCCUGUGACACCUUCAAUGCCUGAAAUGCAAAGCUCUCGGUCAAGUGACAUGGACAUGAUGCCAUACACAGAGGAAGACUUCAGGCCACCGCCAGUGGGUCGUCUAGUCAUGGAGCUCCUCAGGAAACUCUAUGUUUCUGUAAUGAGCCACCAGAACAAGAAGUGCCGAUGCUAUAGUGACUUUCUGGCUGAGAUUCCUGCUGUGGAUCCUGCUGCCCCUGAAAAACCACCUCUCAACUUUGAAAUAAUCCGAAAGAACCUGGAGCGUGGUCGCUACAGGAGGCUGGACGUCUUUCAGGAACACAUGUUUGAAGUGUUGAAGAAGGCAAGGAGGCUACACAGGACAGACUCAAAGAUAUUUGAAGAUGCAGAGGAGCUGCAGUACUUUUUAAUCAAGAUCAGGGAUGAGUUAUGCAAGAAUGGAGAGAUCCUAAUGUCCACUGCACUCCGUUACACUUUGAAACACUUGCAAAGUGAUGUAGAUCGGGAAAAAAGAGAGAAAAUUCCCAGAGAGAUUGAGGAGGAUAAGAAGAAAGCAGAAGAGGAACAGGAGAAAAACAAAGAUAAAAAAGAGGGAACAACCCAUUAUGUACAAAGAGAUCCCUGGGAACCAAACCCUCUUCUCAAUUAUGUAAAGGAAUGCUCCUUUGACAACAUCACCUACAGCGUGGGAGAAUUUGUCUAUGUGGAGCCAUCAGAAGUGUACUUCAAGCCUCACAUUGUCUGCAUUGAUUGUCUGUGGGAAGACAGCGCUGGUGUGAUGUGGCUCUAUGGCUCCUGGUUCAAGCGGCCAAGUGAAACUAUUCACUUGCCUUCACAAACGUUUCUGGAAAAAGAAGUCUUCAGGAGCUACUACUGCAACAGAGUUCCCAUCAGUAAAGUUCUCGGCAAAUGUGUGGUUGUUUUUGUGAAGGAUUACUUCGAAAUGCAACCUGAGGGCUUCAAACCUGCAGAUGUGUAUGUGUGUGAGUCCCGCUAUGUUGGUAAAGUCAAGGCCCUUCAAGAAAAUCAAAAUUUGGACCUUGCUUCAGAGUCCAGUAAAGUUGGUGCCCCGGGUGGUGCCUCUGCCCGUCGUUCGUGUGGCCUCUAUGUUUGCCAAACCGAACCUGGACAAAGCGUCCUUCUCUCAUGCAAACCCUGGCAGUUUUGAGGACAAGGAGCGAGAGGAUGUUCCCAUGGAGAUAAAUGGAGCCGAGCCAGGCUGCCAGUACUUUGAACAGUUAUGCUACAAUAACAUGUGGUUUAAACUUGGAGACUGCGUUUACAUCCAGUCACAUGGAUUGUCAAAGCCCCGGGUUGCCAG